UUUUUAAAUUUAAAGUAUUGUGAUUGGUGGUUUAGUCGGAUGUGAAUGAAUUUUUCGUCAAAUGGGUUGUGGGUUCGAGUCCUACUCAUUGUAAAUAGCUUUAUUUUGAUGAAAAAAGUUAAAAAAAAUUUUUUUAGAAAAACGGGGUCUGAAAAAAUUUUUUUUUAAAUUUAAAAUUUUUUUUUUAAUUUUUUCAGGCAAAAAAUACUACAAAUUUUAUUUUUAAAUAACUUUUAAUAUGAAUCCUGUCGUUGAAACAGUUGAAUAUCGACCACAAGACCACCAAACUUCAACAAAUACAAACAACAAAAAAGCAGAUGACAAAGCCUCUCCUUCAAAAAACAAAGAAGAAAUAAAAGAAGUGACUCAAAUAAAAAGAUAUCCUUACAAUCAGCCUUUCCCUGGGGCUGCGGAAGCAACAAAACAAAUUUUGGAAGACGACACAAAUAAAAAUAAAAUGGCAAAUUUGAAAUUUAAAGGAGUUGGAAGUUAUAAAUCUAAACGGGUUUUUAAGGUUAUAAUAAUUGGAGAUGCGGGUGUGGGCAAGACUUGUUUAAGUUAUCGCUUCUGUAAUGGACGCUUUCCUGGCCCGACCGAAGCUACGAUUGGUGUGGACUUUCGUGAACGCUCUAUAAUUAUUGAUGAGGAACUGAUUAGAAUACAAUUGUGGGACACAGCAGGUCAAGAAAGAUAUCGUCAAUCAAUUGUAGCUCAUUACUACAGAAAUGUGAAUGCUGUUGUUUUUGUUUAUGAUAUAAAUAACGUUCAAUCAUUUAAAUCUUUGCCUGCCUGGAUAUUGGAAUGUAAAAACCAUGCCUUAACUUCUGGAGAUGAUACCCCUCAUAUUUUGAUUGGAAAUAAAUGUGAUUUGCAAACAACGAAUAAUGAAAGAAUUAAAACUGAACAGGCACAGAUUUUUGCUGACGAGAAUGACAUGGCAUUAUUCGAAACCUCAGCAUUUGCUGAUUCUGAAGCUGAUCAUAUAGAAGCAAUUUUUAUGACUUUGGUACAUAAAUUACGUCAUAGCAAGCCUAUGCAUGUUCAAUCAAAUGAAGAAAGAAGUUUAAAAGGACAACAGAAAAUUUUGUUGAAAGCUAAUGAAAUUGGGAAUGAAGAGGAGAAUGAAGAAGAAGGGAUGUGUUGUUAAUUGAGUAUUGUUUUUGUGUUUGGGGAUAUUGUCCGCAAAAAAUUUUUUUGUCCGCAAAAAUAUUUGCGGACAAAAAUUUCCUAGAGAUCGGAGUGAGCUGAUUUUGAGAAGGUUUACGUUUAUUUUUUGCUAAUAUUCUCCAUCGGUCUACUCAUUCCGAUCUCUAAUUGAAGGGGAGAUAGAAUUUUUAGUGUAGAUGUUUGCGGGUCUCCCUUCUUUUUUCCUCUGUUCCACCAAGUUUCUGGAGGUUCUCCAAGGCAUAAUUUAAUGGGUUCCUUUUUUCUUUUUCUUUUAAUAUUUUUGCUUUGCCUUUCCCUCUUUUUCCAAUUUUUCUCCUUUCAAAGGGUUGUAAAGAAGGAAUUUUUUUUCAAAUUUAGGGCCUAAAUUUUGUGUUAUUUUUCUUGUUUAUUUAUUAAAUCUAUCAAUUAAUUUAAUAUAGCUAAUAUUUAAAUAUAAUAAAAUAAUAAAAAUUUAUUUAAAAUGAUUAUUUUACAAAGGCACACAAUUUUAAAAAUUCUUGUAAAAGAUUGAUAUUGAAUUAAAAUCGCUUUUGUCGCAUACAUUAUGUCGUUUACAUAAUUGUCCCUCUCGCAUAUGUCGCCUGCGCAAAGGUCUGGGACACUUAUGUCACCUACACAAUUAUCACCUACACAAAUGUCGUUUUCGGGAAAACCCUUAGACAGAAGCCGCAUAAGAAAUGUCUUCCAUAAAAAUGUCAAAAAAAGACGAAAAUAUAAUUGUUAAGAUUAGGAUAUGAGAUCAUUUAAAUUAAAUAUUUAAUAUUUAACAAAAAAAAUUUUUUUAGUAAAAUCACUGGGUUCCUAAAAAAUAUUUUUUCUUUUUUCCUUCAAUUCUAAACAGAAUCUAAUCCACUAUCAUCAUGUCUACCAAAAGAAGACGAACAAUUGGCGGUUGUUGAAGUAUUUGGGGAAAUAAAUGUUUGUUGGGGUAUUAUGAAGGAUUGUCUUCUAUUUAGUGUUUGUGAUUGUAUUGGUGGAAAUGAAGGUGGAGGUGGUGGUGGAGGAGGGAGUGUUGACUAAAAAAAUUUUUUUUUAUUUUUGGCAUUUUGUCUUGUACCGUUUUCUUGUACUAUUUUGACUUAUGUGCCCUUUUGUCGUACCAUUUUGUCCUAUGUACCAUUUUGUCUAGUGUACCCUUUUGUCGUAUAUUCCAUUUUGUCUUGUGUACCCUUCUGUCUUAAGUGCCCUUUUGUCCUAUGUACCCUUUUGUCUUAUGUACACAUUUGUCCUAUGUAUCCUUCUGUCUUAUGUACCCUUUUGUCUUGUGAACUCUUUUGUUUCCUGUACCCUUUUGUCUUAUGCACCCUUUUGUCUCAUUUAAUUUGCAUUAUGCCAAAUUACAUAAUUUUUAAAUUAUUAAUUUUCU